AAUGACAAGGUCGACCGAAGCUGCCUUGGCAGACUUCCUUGCGACGUGCCACGGUCAUGUGCAGGUUCAGCCUAAGCUUUUAGGUCCGAGUCUAAUAGUUACAAACACCAUCGCCCCCCCUGCUGCUGCUACUGCCGCUCAUGGUUUGUUCAGAGUCCGCAGCCCGUGCUCGAGCUCGGUGCGAAUUUGAUCUCGUCCUGGCGGCGGGGGAGAGGAAGGUGUAGGCGCUCAUUGUUAUUAGAGAAGAAUGUACUCAGACUUCGAAUCGGAUGCCACUUUGAGGCCUGAGCUCAUGUUUCUCGAAAUGACUAUUAUCAUUAGGAGGAGGCGGAGCAGAGCAGGUCCCGAGGCGAUGGCCGGGUGAGGAGGGCCAUGAGGAGGAGGAGGAGGAGCGCUGGAGAUGCUGCCGGAUCGAUGGCAAGCCGCAUUCUUCUGCUGCUGAUGACCGCCGUGCUUCUGCUGCUGCUGCACAGGGCGUCGGGGCAAGGCAGUCAGAACUGGUUCGAGAGCCCGCCCGAAGGCUACCAUGUGAGGAGGCUGCGCUUCGAGGGCAAUUUCACCGACGAGUAUUUCACGUGCUCGAACAACGCCAGCGUCGUGCACGCCACCGUGCAGUCGGCGGAUCACGACAGCGGCGACGCAUACACGUACACGGAGCUGCAUUUGACGAGCAGCGAGGCUGCGCCUGAGUACGGCAGCUGUGUCUACAACCAGCCUCUGGCCAUCGUCAAGAAUAGCCCCAAAUAUCCCAAGCUCAAGUACAUCACCUCGUUCCGAUCGGUGAUCCAGUUCUAUGCAUUCGACCAGACGGGCACGGGCAAGGGCCUGGGCGAGGGCAUGACCUUCAUGAUCGUGCCUGGCGCCGAGGGCCAGCCCAAUUCGACCGGAGGGUACCUGGGCCUGCUGAAUGGCGCGCCUCGGGCCCCGACGCAGGCCAGCAGCUUCGCGGCCGAGAUCGACACGAGGCAGCAGGAGGAAUUCUCAGACCCGCCCUACCACCACGUCGGGGUGGACAUCACAUCGCUGCAGUCGAUCGCGUACAAGAGCCUGUCGCACGAGGACGACGAUGCGAAUGCGGCCGCGACGUUCCCGAUGAUCGAGCCGGGCACUCUGUACAGCGCGUGGAUGAGCUGGGACAGCUCGGCGGGGCUGGCGGAGAUCAACCUCGAGGAGGCGGCGAAGAAUGGCGCGAGCCCGGAGUUCGACUCGAAUUCCGAGCAGGCGCUGCUCAAGCACAGCAUCUCGAUUCUGGACAGCGUGAAUUUCUACUACAAUGGGCCCGACAUGUACGUCGGGUUCAGCUCGGCGACUGGCGAGGGUGCCAGCAACAGCUUCCGCAUCACGUUCUGGAUGUUCGAGUACCUGGAGGAGGAUGCGAGCGCGGCCGAGCCGCACCGAAGGACCAAGGCCUGGCUCGUGGUGGCCGUCAUCGUCUGCGCCACGGGCGUGGCGCUCUUCCUGCUCUGCGUGUGCAUCGGCCUCUGGCGCCGGCGCUAUCUGCACGAGGGGCGCAGGGCGGCGUCCAUGGCCGGCUCUAAGGAUACUGGGUCCUCGGGGCGGCUCUCGCUCAAGGAGCUCGAGGGCCUCGACUAUGGCCCUCGACGUUUCCAGUACAAGGAGCUCAGCGCCGCCACCAAGGGCUUCAGCGCCAAGGAGGUGCUGGGCAAGGGCGGCUUCGGGUGCGUGUACCGCGGCGUGCUGCGCGGCAAGGGCCUGCAGCAGGUGGCGGUCAAGCGCAUCUCCGAGACCUCAAAGCAGGGCGCUCGCGAGUUCGUGGCCGAGGUGAAGAUCAUCGGGCGUUUGCGCCACAAGAAUUUGGUGCAGCUGCUCGGCUGGUGCUUCGAGCGCCAGGAGCUCCUGCUCGUGUACGAGUACAUGCCCCACGGCAGCCUGGACCAGGCGCUGUUCUCUUGCGAGGGCGCCGAGGAGGCGAGAGGAGAGGCGCCCGCCCUGGCCUGGGCGCAGAGAGUCAAAAUCCUGGCCGGCGUGGCCACGGCGCUGCAGUACCUGCACGAGGAUUGGGAGCAGCGCGUGGUGCACCGCGACGUGAAAUCGUCCAAUGUCAUGCUGGACGCCGGGCUCAAUGCUCGAUUGGGUGACUUCGGGCUGGCGAGGCUCUACGCGCACAGCCAAGCGCCCCAGAGCACGGCCACCGCUGGGACUCUGGGGUACCUGGCGCCCGAGCUGCUGCACUCGAGCAAGGCCACCGACAAAUCGGACGUGUUCAGCUUCGGCGUGGUGGCGCUCGAGACGGCCUGCGGCCGCCGCCCGCUCACGCUCAGCGCCGAGGCCGGGGCGCAGGCCGAGAUCGUCGUGCUCGUGGACUGGGUCUGGAACCUCUUCCGCGUCGACCGCCUGCUCGACGCCGCCGACCCGCGCCUCGCCGGCCGCUUCAACGACACGCACAUGAGCCUGGUGCUGCAGCUCGGCCUGCUCUGCUGCCACCCCGACCCCACUGCGCGCCCGUCCAUGCGCCAGGUUCUGCAGAUUUUGGCCUUCGAAGCUCCCCUCCCCCCCAUUCCCCGCUCCAAGCCCGUGCCCACCUUCCGUCGUCACGACGAUCGGCCCCUCGUGGACGAGCCCCAAGGCUAGCUAGCCCGAAUCGAGCCUUUUCCUCGAGCAUACUACGAUCGCUGAUUCGCCGACCUCUCGCAUUUGCCGAUCUGGGCCCAUUGCUGAACGCACGCUCUGUCUGGAAGGUCGAUAUCGUAGACCGCGUGUAUAAGAAAUUGUAGAGCCAGCACAAGCACAUUCAUGGCUUUCGUAGCAGUAGUUGUAGGUAGAAAUGGUCGAGGACAGCGCGCGGCCGAACCUCGUGUACCUCGAAGGCCCUCUUCCUCUUUCUCUAUUAGAGCGAUGUCGUAGUCGUUGUGAUCCAUCUGUAAGUAAAUUCUGAACCCGAUGUCGCUCAGCCUUCGAGCUGAGUCGUCUCGUUGUGUAGAUCAAGAAUCGCUCGUUCUUCUGCCCGGCAUGAUUUCUAAACUGUAAAAUUAUGGAACAGUGUUUUAAUAGUUUUAAUAGUCGAAUUGCGGUUGAAGAAGCAGCAUGAGGCCCUAGACGUCGAGCAGGCUGAUCGUCAAUAGAGCGUGGGUACAUUGUACAAUACACUAGAAAUUCGAAGGAGACGUGAGAGAUGAAUGUGAAUAUUCUGCAGAUUGGCGCUUACUGCAGAGUCUGAGCAUCAGAAAGCUUUUGGUUGAUAUCUGAGUCUCUCUCUGCACGCGUCGAUGAUCGGAAUUCUCUCUCAGCAGUCUGCAUGUCAUUGACAACGUGUGUGCACUAAAACUUUGAGAAUUAUUAACGACCCUAAUUACAGGUUAUUUCAUUGUGUGCC